UUGCCAACGAAUAUAUGACAGCGUGUUCAGAACGGCACCCUACUCAUCGAGAAUGUGCAACGCACCGCCGAUCAGGGAACCUACACUUGCAUCGCCCGCAACAAGCACAACUACACGGCGCAACGGACGGUGGAGGUGAAAGUUUUGGUUCCACCCAAGAUUACACCAUUCUCAUUCGCACGCGAUCUGAAUGUCGGCGACCGCACGAGCAUACAAUGUGUCAUUGGCACCGGUGACCUACCGCUCACAUUCACCUGGCUUAAGGACGGACAGCCGCUGCAGCAAAUGGCCACAUCCAUCACAACCUCAGCAGCGGCCGCCUCUGGGCAUAAUCGCCUACUUAUGGGCGGCGUUGGUGUUGGUGUCGGUGUGAAUUAUGUAUUGCGCGAUGGUGGUGGUGCUGGUGGUGGUGGCAGCGUUGGCGGCGGCGGCGGUGUUAGCGGUGGGCAUCAUAGCGGUACCGGUGGCGUUGCUGCAUCAGGUCCAUCAGGUCAUACAAAUCACGACGAUUCAGCCGCCACAGCGGCUGCGGCAGCAUCAAUGUCAACGAAUGCGGAUGGUAGUAGCGGUGGUGUAGAUGGUGGCGCUGGCCAAGUGACAAUUCGCCAAAAUGAUGAUUUCACCAGCGCCCUCAGCAUCACAAGUGUGACGCGAGCACAGAGCGGCACCUAUACGUGUCGCGUACAAAACGAUGCCGCCACUGUAUCGCACUCUGCACAGCUAAGAGUCAAUGUUCCUCCACGCAUUUCGCCGUUCAACUUCGAAGAGGAAAUCACCGAGGGUAUGCGCACGCAACUAAUGUGUUCAAGUAGUCAGGGUGAUCAGCCGUUCAAUAUCACCUGGCUAAAGGAUGGCACACCGAUUUUGGGUAAUACCGCACAACAACAAAUACCCGUUGCUAAUUUACCCAGCGAUUUAUCAGUUGGUCACUUACAAAAUGGCGGUGGAUCGCUUGGUGGUGGUGCCGGUGGGAAGAGUUAUAGUCCAAUGGAUAGCUCGCUCACCAUUAACGAGUACACACCGUUUUCCAGCAUUAUUUCCAUACACAAUGUGACGUCACGUCAUAACGGCAAUUACACGUGUCGUGUCAGCAAUCGCGCGGGAUCCGUUGAGUAUACGGCGGUACUGUCCGUUUCGGUUCCACCACGUUGGAUACUAAAGCCCACCGAUCAGGAUGCCAUACUCGGUAAUCCAGUGGCCAUUACCUGCAAAGCCGAUGGAUUUCCAAUACCCACCGUACAAUGGAAGCAGUCGAUUGGUGACUCAGGCGAAUAUCGUGAGCUUAGUUAUGGCAUUGGUAACGGUAACUCACAAUCCGUUAUCGAAACGUAUAACAACGGAUCACUGAUCAUACCAAAAGUUGGGCGAGAGCAUGAAGGCAGUUAUUUGUGCCAAGCAAGUAACGGCAUCGGCGCGGGACUGAGUACACUAAUCAAAUUAACUGUGCAUGUUGGCCCCUCUGUAACGGUUUCGAAGAAACAAGUUUCCGUCCGCCGUGGUGACCGUGUCACAUUGCGCUGCGAAGCUGAUGGCGAUCAACCGCUGAAUAUAACAUGGCGCGCCAAGGCAAAUCACAUUGAUCCAUCUUAUGAUAUACGUUAUCAUAUCAAAGAUUCACCGUUAAGUCGUGGCACAGUCUCAGAAAUGACCAUACUACAGACCAUACUUAACGAUCGUGGUGAAUACACGUGCAUUGCCACUAAUAACUAUGGACAUGAUCGCGCUGUAAUUCAUCUGCAAGUGCAGGAGCCACCGAACUUUCCCGUAAAUUUGCAUGUCACCGAUUUGGGUAGCCGUUCUGUUACGCUGGCUUGGUCGCCAAAUGAUCAAGAUUCGAUUUUCAUGAAUAACGGUGGUAACAAUCGCGAUUCGCAACCGAUAUCGAAUUACAUUUUGCAAUAUAAGAAAGCAGGCGAUGUCUGGCAUGAGCACAAUAACCAAAAAUUAUUGCCCGGUGAUAAGACCACCGCACAAAUUGGUUCACUACGUCCGGCGCAAGCAUAUCACUUCCGCCUUUACGCCGAAAAUCAUCUGGGUACCAGUGCCCCCAGCGAUAUAUUGCUCGUGCAAACCGAUGCAGAGGUGCCAAGUGGUCGUCCGCAAGAUGUUUCUGCUGAGCCACUAGGGCCACAACAAUUACUCAUCACUUGGCGGCCACCAGAACGUGACACAUGGAAUGGCGAACUUUUGGGUUACACAAUCGCGUACCAAAAACACGGUGCGCCAGAUAGCGUACAAAACUUCACUAAAGUUAGCAGCCUAGGUGGUGAAGGUCUUAAUGAUUUUCGUCUUACUGGGCUGGAGAAAUACACACAGUAUGCCAUAUCUGUGUCUGCAUUCAAUGUGAAAGGUGAUGGACCACCAAGCGAGGUCACCAUGGGUCACACUUUGGAGGAUGUACCCUCUGCGCCGCCACAGGGCGUCACUUGCAUUGCGCUGACUGCACAAAAUAUACAGAUCUCUUGGCAGGCGCCACCAAAAGAAUCCAACCAUGGAAUCAUACAAGGCUAUAAACUAUUAUACGAGCCCGGCAAUAUCGAAUCAGAGUACGGCACGCGUGAAACAAAGAUCACUUCAGCGUUAAGUACAGUGUUACAUGGUCUGCAGCCUUUUACGAACUACAGCGUUCAGGUUUUGGCAUUUACACGUGCUGGCGAGGGUGUGCUCAGCCCGACAGUAUCGUGUACCACUGAAGAGGCGGUACCAGAUGCACCGGAGCGUGUUAAGUCUGUUGUAAGUAGUGAAUCUUCAGUUAUCAUUAGCUGGUUACCACCGCGCCGCCCCAAUGGUAUUGUUACCAAAUACAAUGUCUACAUCCGUAUACUAGACAAAGGGCAAGAGUUGAAAAUUCUCAAAGAAGUGUUGCCCGCAAACAAUCGUCAUUUUGAAGCUAAGGACUUAAUGGUGCGCGAAACUUAUGAGGCUUGGGUAACGGCUUCGACACGUGUGGGACAGGGACCGAGCACACCGGUGAUCAAAUUAAUACCAAGCCCCUCUGUGCCCGCAGCCAUCAUAUCAUUUAGCCAAACUUUAAGUGUCAGCUGGCGAGUUGAUCUCAAACUAGCAUGCGUCUUCGUUGGUAACCCGAAACCGAACUCGGAAUGGAAAGUGUUAAAUGCACGUUCUAAAAAACAUUUUCGCUUGGAGGUGAGCAAUGAUAAUACGCUGACAUUGCGCAAUAUACAGCGUACUCACGAAGGAAACUAUUCGUGUGUGGUACGAAAUUCGAUUGGUUCCGAUCACAUUGUCUAUCAGGUAUACGUACAAGUACCACCAUCUGCUCCAGUGCUUUCCGUCAUCGGCAGUACCACUAACUCCGUGUCGCUGCAGUGGCGAGUAGACGACAUUGGUGGUGCACCGCUGCGUGGAUUUACAAUGACCUUCCGUAAGGAAUUCGGCGACUGGGAAGAAAUUGAAUUGGAUCGACGUGUUAACUCUCAUUUAAUAGAGAAUUUGGAUUGCGGCACGCGAUACCAGUUUAAUAUGGUGACUUUUAAUAAAAUUGGAACGAGUGAAACAAGUGCCAUCGAAACAGCCAAAACGAAAGGCAAUAAACCGAUUGCGCCGCAUAAACAAAGCUUGAUACGCUCGAAUAUCACUUCCGCUUUGUUGGAGUUAUCGUCAUGGCAAGAUGGCGGCUGUCCAGUGCAAUACUUCAGCAUUGAGUUCAGACGCUAUGGUAUUUCAAGUGACUGGAUUAUCGUCUCUAGCCGUAUAGAGACACACACACGCUAUACAAUUGGCGAUUUGGAGCCUGGAACUGCAUAUAAUUUGCGUGUGGCGGCGCACAACAAUGCUGGAUCCACAAUUAAGGAGUACUACUUUGAGACAUUGCAUUUUAACGGACUUUCAGCUGAGUUGGACCACGGCGACUUACCCGAGGUGCGGACACUCUUUCGCGAUGUACAUCUCAUAGCGGUGAUUAUCACAUCGGUGUUUGGCACGAUCUUGGCUAUAAUCGGCGCUUGCAUAUGCUUCAAAAACUAUCCACGUCAACUAUUUGCACGGAAUGUCGACUCGAUGCGGCCGCAUGGUGCUGAUGGCAAGGAUAUACAACAUCGUGAACAAUACUACGGUACGGUACGCAAAUCAUGCCAGCAAUCACCACGUGAAUCGGUUGCUGGGCUUGAACGCAUACCUGAAUACUCUGAAGAUAUCUAUCCUUACGCUACAUUCCAUUUACCAGAACAUGAAAAUCAAUCGGCUAACAUACCGCUCAGCCGCAAGGGAGGCCUGCCGGCAAUGUACGAUCCGCGUGGCGGUGGUGUUGCAGACGACAAUACCCUCUCCAGCACGGGUGCCAAGGUGAAGCGUUCGGUCUCGGCGGGCAUUGGCAGCAGCGCUUCAAAUGCAAAUUUAAGCGGUGGACCUGGCCCGGCGUCGGGCGAAUGUAGUCACACGAAUACUGAAAAACGACAUAAGCGACGUUCGAAAGCAAUCAAAUCGGAGUCGGAGGAAUACGAUAGCUUGAAUAGCGAUAGCGAUUUGAGUGGUGAACGUAUGCGUGAACGUGAAGAAAGUCGCAGCGGACGUGAGUCCUCUUCACAUCUAGACGAUAGCGGCUAUAAUCCUCACGGUCAUAGUCCUUGCAGUGGUGGCAAUGCCGGAGGCAACAAGGAGCGUCUUUCAGUAUUCAGUAGGCCUCAACUUCAUAGUAACAGCAUGGACCCCGUGCCCUUCGACUACCGGCUCUUUGACCCGCCACCAAAACAACCGAAACCAACAAUUGCCUGUGGUGCACAGUCACAAUCGCAUCACCAUCACCAGCGACAAACAUCAUCCACAUCAACAUCCACAUCAGCAUCCACAUCCACAUCUGCCCAAAAUUCAACCAACAAUACAAAUAUGCCCAGCAGUCUAUCCGGUGGCAAAGUACGAUCAAAAGCUACCGAUACUAAUUCCAACAGCGGCAGUAACUUCCUCCUCGCCGGCGAGUUCCAAUGCACAACUAACAGCAUCCCCGCCCCGCAUAUUGUCCAGUCGGGUUCAUAUGUCGAAAUUCUGAAGCAUGCCGCACCGCAACCCCCCAACAACCAAACAAACAACCAACAAACAAUCAUGCAAGCGCCAAAUGCAAAACGUCCAAGCGGCGUUGGCGCUGGCGGUGGCGCAAACAGCGGUAGUAAUAGUGUUGUCAGCGGUGCAGCAUUGGCUUGUCACAACAAAAGCUAUGGUGACUUUCUAACAAUUACACCACGCCGCAAAGGCAAACUGCUUUCUUCUGGCUAUGGUGAUAAACACGGUGGCGCUGGUGGUGGUGGUGUUGGCGCCUUGGAUGGCAAUAACCAAGACAAUUAUCGCCAUCAUUUGCCCACCAGCAUCGAACCAUUACAUCUACUUGGCAUACCCAAUGACAAUAUGUCUACAUUCUUUGAUUAUCGCGCCAUGGAGACGCUCAGCAAUAGCGAUACGCUCGCAAUCGGCAGCAGUCUCUCUGGACAUGCACACAACAGUAAAAGCAACAAAGCAUACGACACGAGUACCACUUGCUUGAAUGCAAACAAUUAUGGUGAAUCACCACAGAGCAAUAGCAAUUCAGGCAUACCUGAUGAGUUCCAUAAUAUAAUUAGCGAGAAGAAUCUCAGCCCACCCUCGGCCUUCAGCGACAACAACAGCUGUCUGCCAAAGGGUAAGGUCUAAACUUUAAAGUCUGGUAGUAGGACAUCAAGGAAGAUCAUAUCAAAAUUGUGGAUUUUACGACAUAAUUAACCUAAAAGAACUGAAGAAUUCUGCAUAUCAAGUACGCGAAUCUCUCUAACGGUUAUACUAGAAUUACUUCACACAUAUUCAUGAGAAAACGAAACAGCGGAUAAAACAUAAAAAGGAUUAUUAUUAUUGGUUUAAGGGUAACAAACGAUCGAAACGAAGACGCAACCGAAGACUUUACUGCAGCAUUUAAUCACAAGCGACAAAUAUAAAGUAAAUAUGUAUAUUUAGAAUUAAAGGAGUGGUGUGUUCUUAAGUUCACCGAAAUUCACAAAAAGCAAAUCUUCCAAAAAGUAUCGCUUUUGUAUAUCGCAAAAGCCACAAGACACAAAGCUCUACACAUCUCCAAAAAAUAGCAUACGUUUAGAUAUGUGUUACGUUUGUAUGUACUAGACUAUAUGCUAAUCUAUGUAAAUUUAUAAAAUUGCAGUUUUUAUGGCGAAUGACGCCUAGUUAAAUGAAUUAGAGGUAGAAACUUUCAUUUCGUUCUCACAGUUGAGUGCUCGAAACCGUUAACAUGAACUUAGAAAUGAGUGACAAACGAUGAUUUCUACAGAUAAUCGCCAGCGCUAACGAUCAGAUCCAUUUCAUCGACACUGUUUCAUAAGACCCAUCCAUAACCUAUUUUCAGAAUUAGUAUCAGUAGAUCAAAUAAAUAGAAAUACUUGUAUGAUAAUAUUAGCUUGUUUUGUCUAAGAGAGGAAUUUGACUUUUAUUUUACUUUUCUUAAACUGUUUAGAAGAUGAGUUUAGUCCGUAAUUUUGCUUCCCAAAAAGCCGAAACUAUAUUCAAUUAUUCGAAGUGUAUCAUGACGUUAGAGAUAGGACAGGACCGAAACCUCGCUUUUGUCUUGUUAUGAAGUAAUAUUUUCAAUUAUUUCGACAAAAUUCCCGGACUUCUGCAGCUAUGGUACACUUUUCCUGAACUAGUAUAAUGUAGAACUUAAUUUUCGGGUCUUUUCCCAACCAUACUGUCUUUUCUAGAAUGUAGAACAUCUUUUUCGUUUGAAGUCGCUAAGACCGCCUUUCUUCUUGUAUGGUAAAUAGAAGAAUCGGGAACAUUAAAACAUCUCUGCAUUCAGCAUAGAAUCGGUUGUGCUUGAUCUCUUUCAUAAUAAAGCGAAUGAAAUCGAGUUUUUGUGGCAAUUCCAAGAAAUAAUGCUAUAUAUAUAACGAUGUCUUUUUCAACAUUGCCGCUUCAUAAUCGGAAUAGUGUAGGAGGUAGUUAUGGGUGAUUUGUAGAUCUGUUGGUCAAAUACUUUACAAAUUUAUCUGUAAACGUAUAAGUAUUAAAUUCUCGAUCAAAUAUCCUUUUAAAUACUAUUUCAAUUUAUCAAACAAGUUCGGUAGGUUCUCACUUUCCACACAUAUAUCUAAGUGGAAUAAAGUUUUGAGUAUUUAUUUCUUUGGAAAGUUUCCACUAAAAUGCUUUGCUCUGGAGAAAAAUAUUUUGAUAAUAUUUCUAGUCCAACUGCAAAAAAAUAUAAAUGUUGCCACUGUUAAGCUCUAUGCUAUGCUGGGAAUAUCAGAAUUGAUUAGUUAUUUUUUAGUGAAAUAUACUAGCUGGAUGUUUUUAACAAAAAGAAAAAUGAUAUAACCAAAUAGGACGUUAUGUUAUUAAUUAAACAGGUGUCUUUGAGGGCAAACUAGUACUACAGAUCCUUCUUUGCGAACAUACUGAAAUCUUGUAUGAAAAGCUAGUUUAUUUAAAAUUAAUUUUUUUAUAUGAUUAAUUAAUUCUAUAUAAAUUCUACCCCAAUUGACUAAGUUUUUAGUUAGUUUAUGGAAUUGACUUCAAUUUCAGCGAUUCGUGGCGAGGAACGAUUAAAAAUAAGAACAGAAUUGUGUAGAAAAAGAGCAAAAGACAUUGCAUUAGAUAAGUUGAUUAUUACAUAUACCAUACAUAUUUAUAAGCAUAAGCAACACACUGUUAAUUAGUUAAAUCUACAAAUGAAGAAUUAAUUAUCAUAAAUAUAAACGAACGAAACACCCUUUUUUUAAUAUUGUGUACAUAUAUACUAUAACAAAAUCAAGUAUUUAAAAGCAUUUAAAUAUAUGCAUUUAAAGCUCAAAUAUCGAACACGAAACCAAAUAUCAAUAUUAGAAACUGAACAUACUGACAAGUUACAUAGUUAUCUUAACGACUGUAUGUGUGUACAUAUAUAGAAAUAAACAUUAUAAUCGUUUAUUUUAAUCAAUAAGGUAACGAAGUCAAUAAAUCAUUAACAAUUAUUAUUAAUAA